GGCCGCGUCUCCCGGCUGAGCCCUGGGCAGGAGGGAGGAGCAAGGGGCGGAGGCUGCGACCCCGUCUUCAGGAAGCAGCCGCGGGGAGCUCGGAGCCGGGGCUACGAGGGCUGCUUGCUGCUCAGUUCUGGCCGUUGGUGGUGCUGGAGAAUCGAACCCGGGACCUGUUGCAUGCAAGUGUAUAUCCCCAGCCCUUCGUCUUUAAUGCCACGGUAUGGAACAGAACAUGACAGAAACAGAUGCCUUCUAUAAAAGAGAAAUGUUCGACCCAGAAGAAAAAUACAAAAUGGACCACAAGAGGCGAGGGGUGGCUCUGAUCUUCAAUCAUGAGAGGUUCUUCUGGCAGCUGACCCUGCCUGACAGGCGCGGCACCAGUGCAGACAGAGACAACCUUCAGCGCAGGCUGGCAGAUCUGGGCUUUGAGGUAAAAUGCUUCGAUGACCUCAGAGCAGAGGCAAUACUGCUCAAAAUUCAUGAGGUGUCAGCCUCUAGCCACGUGGAUGCUGACUGCUUCCUGUGCGUCUUCCUGAGCCACGGUGAAGGCAACCAUGUUUAUGCCUACGAUGCCAAGAUUGAAAUCCCCAUGCUGACAAGCUUGUUCAAAGGAGACAAGUGUCAGAGCCUGGUUGGAAAACCCAAGAUAUUCAUCAUCCAGGCCUGUCGGGGGACCCAGCACGACGUGCCCGUCCUUCCCCUGGAUGUGGUGGAUCAUCAGAAAGGCAUGCCAGAAGCCAACACCACCGAGGUGGACGCAGCCUCUGUGUACACGCUGCCUGCGGGAGCCGACUUCCUCAUGUGCUACUCGGUGGCUGAAGGGUACUAUUCUCACCGGGAAACAGUGCAUGGGUCUUGGUACAUCCAGGACCUGUGUGAGAUGCUGGCCAGGUACGGCUCCUCCCUUGAGUUCACCGAGCUGCUCACGUUGGUCAACAGGAAGGUGUCUCAGCGCCGAGUGGACCUCUGCAAAGACCUCAGCGCCAUCGGGAAGAAGCAGGUGCCCUGUUUUGCCUCGAUGCUAACAAAGAAGCUGCAUUUCUUUCCAAAGUCUUAAGCAAUAAGAUCAAUCUUCUCUUAUGGAUCUUCAAAGAUCAUUUUCCUCCUUGAGAAGGCAGGAUCACUAGGGUUGUGAAGCUUGUAGGACAACUGCUUUGAGGAAAACAACAACAAAACCCCCACAAAACUUCAUCCUGUAUAGGGUUUUAGAGAUUUAGAAAAGAUAUGGGGCCGGGCAGUGGCGCACCUGGUUAAGUGAUUACAGUACAGUGCACAAGGACCUGGAUUCAUGUCCCCGGUCCCCACCUGCAGGGGAAGGCUGCAGGUGUCCUUUCUCAAUUUCUCUGUAUCUCUGUCUAGUAAUAAAUUUUUUUUCCUCCAGAGUUAUCACUGGACUUAGUGCCAGCACUACAAAGCCACUGCUCUUGACAGCCAUUUCUUCCAUUUUAUUGGACAAGACAGAGAGAAAUUGAGAGGGGAGAUAGGUAGAUAAAUAGUGUGGGGGGGGAGAGAGAGACAGGCACCUGCAGACCUGCUUCACCACUUGUGAGGCGACUCCCUGCAGUUGGGGAGCUGGGGGCUCAAACCUGGAUGCUUGCAUCAGUCCUUGCACUUAGUACUAUGUGCACUUUAUACCAGGUGUGCCACCACAUAAAAAAUAUUUUUUAAAAAGAAAAGUUGUCCUCAGGGAAUUACUAUAAAAAGCCACAGCAUUGGGCUGGCAAAACAGCUCACGGCCCAAUGUCCAGCCCCGUCUUCACCACACUGAAGGAAGCUUUGUCUUUCCCUGUCUGAAAAAGUUGACUUAAAGCAGUAAAAAAAUAAUCCACGGCAUUUUUAAUACUUGAUUUCUACAGGUUCUUCUAGAUCUCUGACUGAUUAAACUUGCAUUUUGUGCAAUUUUUUUUAUAAAUGUUUAUAAUGGUUUCAAAAACCUUGAAAAUCAACAUUUUCCUUAAUAAAAUAUUUGGAAAUCAUA